UGCGCGCUUAGGGCAGUCACAAGACCCGACCAUCCAUGAAAAAAAACAUCCAGACGUUAUUUUUAUAGCUUAGCUACAUUUAAGCAAGUGCUUGAGUAUAUAGGUAUCUGAAGUAGCCCGUCAUUUCCUUUGAGGGACAAAUGGUGCAAUGGAUAUCUCCAGGAACAUUUACGCAUCUGAAUCUCUGCCAGCUUUGAUCCUUUAAAACAAGAAGAGAGAAGAGUUUUGAGGCACACUUUUUAGUUAUCUUUUAACUUAUCUGUGAUGACUUUGAAACGAAAGGAGGGGCGACUGUCAAAGGAACUGACCACGAGUUGAAAAAAAAAAAAAAAAAAAACUAAGAGAAAGAUGUCUACAUUGCUUGCCACCCACCCGAAAUCGAUUGAAUUACAUUCAAGAAGCUUCGCACUUGACGUAUAAAAACAAGACGCAUGUUCUCAAGAAAGAGGCGAGACAACGGGAUCUUUUUCACGCGUGACAUCAGGAAUUGUUGGAAGAUAUAUUUUUCUCUGACAACUUUGCGUUCACAGCAUUUAAGGUAGAAGCACUCACCAAUAUAUAAUCACGCUGGAAAGCCAUGCGGGCUGAGAAGAGAUGGCACAUAUUAUUGAGUAUGAUCAUUUUGCUCAUCACCUCCAGCCAGUGCAUGGACAGCAAGGAGGUAAAGCAGAAGGAAAGACAAACUCUGCUUAAUCUAAUCCUGCAAGUGAUCGGGGACAACCAGCGGGACAAGCCUGCAUCCAGACGCAUUACCAGUGGCCUCUACUCUGCAUCUCAAGAUGUGAAGUUUACUUCACGUGAAAAGACUGCACAUUUGUCCAAGGCGGACAGCCGCAGACCAAUAGAGAUUGUCCCAAGAGACAUAAGAAUGAAAGACAAAUUUAUAGAACAUUUUACAGCAGGACCAGUCAAGUUUCCAUCUGAAUGCAGAACACAUUUCAGUAGGAUUUAUUACAACACAAGGGAUUGCUCCCAACCAACAUAUUAUAAAAGAUGUGCACGAUUGCUAACAAGACUAGCUAUGAGUCCCCUUUGCACACAGUCAUAGAAACUGCAUGUCCUGAGGAUAUAAAAGAAGAAACUCCAGAGAUGUCAGAGUAAAUAUUUUUCCAAGGAAGUGCCUUCGAAUCAUUGCAGUUAACUGUCAUUUUGUUUUUAUUUACUGUCAUUUUCAUUUCACAGCAUCUUAAUUGAACAAAAUACAAUCUUUUUGCUUUUUAUCAGAAUUUGUUUGUGUUAAAAUGCUCUUUAAAAUAUAGUUUUGUUUAAAAGCUUUGCUUUUUAUAAAUUAUGUGUUCUAAAGAAAGUAUUAUUUAAUGUUGCAGUCAGUUAUUUAUUAAAAUGAUGUGUAAAUAUUCUGUCCUGCUCACAAGAGAGGGUAUUUGGAUAUGAUCAUUAAGCCAUCCUUACUCUUAAAUAUAUUUCUGUUUCAAAUGUAUUAUUCUAAAUGUAAAUUUAAAUAUAUAAUUUCAUCCUUUACACUUUUUAUUUAUGUACAAAACUUAGGAAUCAUUGACUAAGUUGCUGGCCAUGCUGUCAUUUCCAUUAUAUUUAACGUUGGCACUUAUAGAAAUUCCUAUAUUAUGAAUUAUUUGAAAUCAU